AUUUUGGCUGAUUUCCAGUGCGUAAUCUUAGAGAAUGUCCUGGCAAACUCUGCAUGACUUCAGCAGCUUAAAUAUGCGAGAGUCAGCUUGCUUUCUUCAUUCUUAUAAGAGGAGGCAGAAACAGUUAUAGCAAGACAAACUCGGAGACAAAAAGCCAUAGAACAGUAAGCAUGGAUACAUUCUUCAAGGUGUACUUAAUAGCUAUUUUAGCUGUUUUAGCACAGUGUCAGAUGACAGAGAGGAAAGGCAGACCGGGAGGCUGGCAUGAUGUAAAGGUAGACGAUGAAGGGGUUCAGAAAGUGCUGCAGUUUGCUGUAACUGAACACAACCAAGAAAGUAAUGGAGAGUUUAUGAAAGUCAACAGAAUAGUCACGGCCAGACGACAGGUUAGUAAAACUGGAAUCUCUCUAUCUAUCUAAAUUUAUUUAUAUCUCUUAAUUUAAUUAUCUCUACCUAUAUCUUUAUGUAAUGUUAUCUCUAGCUAAUCAACAUAUCCAUCCUUCUGUCUUUAUCUAUCUAUCUAUCUAUCUAUCUAUCUAUCUGUCUGUCUGUCUGUCUGCCUGACUAUCACUCUUUCUGUCUGGCUUUCUCUAGCUUGUAUGUAUCUAUCUGUACGCAACAAAGAAAGUAAUGGAGAGUUUAUAAAAGUCAACAGGAUAAUAAUGGCUAAACGGCAGGUUUUUGGGGCAAAGAGAGUGAUGUGUGUAUUUUGGCAUUUGUGCAUUCAGUGCCAAUAUCUCUAAUUUUAAACGACAGGUUAGUAAAACUUGUAAAACAUUUCAAUAUUGAUUUACAUUGGGAAAGAGAGAAGCUCCCCAAAGCUCGUCAAAUUUAUAUUAGUCAAAUAAAAAGUAUUAAUUUUCAUCUGGACUAAUACAGCUACACAUAAAUCUUUUAUAGCUCUAUCUUUCUAAGCCUCUAGUCUUCUAUAUCGUCUGUCUGUCUGUCUAUCUAUCUAUCUAUUUGGAUAACCUAUAGGUUUCAGAUGAUCAUUUGAGUAAAACAUUUAUUGCAAACAUUCCUUUUUACUAUGCUUCUUGUACAAAAGAACAUAUAGAUGAGAUUUAUAGCUCUAUAUAUAUAUAGUUAAAUUAAUGUAAUUCAUAUUGUAAAGAAUGAUUGCAGUUAAAAUAUGUGAAAAAUAGGUAACAAUACUAAAAUGGUAUAGUAUAUUGUAAAUGGAUUUUAGAACCUAGAUGUUUAUGAGGAUUAAAAGGUAAACUUUACCAGAUCAGAUUCAGUCGCGUCAAAGGGACACUAUAAGCACCAUUGCAACCUAUUGUAGUGGUUAUGGUACAAUGACUAUGAGUAUAGACUUCUGACAGAAAAAAAAUGACUAUUGCCUGGAACACUAAAUCGAUCCUCUUCUGGUUUAUCAAAUAACUCAGUAUUUUCAAUAUUCAUCCAAAAUAGAUUUCUGCAGUUAAGCAACAUAGCUGUGGUGAAAAAGGAGUUAAUGAUGGUCGGUGCAAACAAAUAUCUCUUGCCUAUAACAAUCUUUUGGACACAUAAUGCAGAAAAUAAAACUCCCUUAUUUAGAAGCCCGGAAUGGAGAGUGGGCUUUUGGUUCCAGGGAAUACUCUGUGAUAGCAACAUAAACCCAGUCUCUCUUUCCUUAUUUAGUACUUUGUACAUAAGCAAGCAGAGACACACACACACACACACACACACACAUACACACACAUAUAUACAUUUGUGUGGAAAUAUAUUGAAAUCUUAAUGUCAUUCUGUUGCUUUAAUUAUUGAUGAUAUUUAUAUAUAUAUAUAUUAAUACACACACAACAAUUCUUCCACCUACUGCAAAGAAUUUGGAACCGUUUCUGUUAGCAGCAAUAUCCUGCCUAAGCCCUACAGUAAAGGAAAAGAUUGUACAGCAAAUGCUGAUGCCAAUCAUUGAUUAUGGGGAUGUAGUAUAUGCAUCUGCAUCGCAAUCCCACAUUAAUAAACUCAAUACAUUGUAUAACUCGUUCUGCCGAUUUGUGCUACAAUGUAAUUACAGGACCCACCAUUGUGACAUGCUAUAAGAACUAAACUGGCUGUCGCUGGAAUCCAGACGCACCCUUCAUCUUUCCAGCCUUGUGUUAAGAGCUUUUCUGGGAAACUCCCACCCUACCUGAGCAAAAUGCUUUCCCCAGCUGUUCCCACUUCCUAUAAGCUCCGAUCCAGUACCAACACUUUACUUAGUCUACCUCAAUACAAAAAGAAAGCAGCCCAAUCCUCCUUCUCCUACAGAGCACCGCAAUUGUGGAACGACCUUCCACACAAUUCAAAAUCUUCCCUAAGCCUAAAGUCCUGUAAGAGAUCCCUCUCUACAUACCUCAAAACAGAAUGGACCUGUCAUGGUUGAUUAUAUAUUUCCUGCCUGUUCUAUGUUAAAUUUUGUAUUUAUUGUGUAUUAAUAUUGUUUUUGUAUUUUAUUAUAUCCUAAUGUAACAAUGCAAUGAUUUGUGGACCCAGGACAUACUUGAAAACGAGAGAAAUCUCAAUGUAUCUUUCCUGGUAAAAUAUUUUAUAAAUAAAUAAAUAAAAUAUAUAACACAUAUACAUUAAUGACACAUACACACACAAAUAGUAGAUACACACACAGAUAGUAAAUACACACACAGAUAUGCACACAAAUAAUACAUGUACACACCAAGACAAAUAUAUACAAGAUCACAAUUUACAGAUUUUAGCCACCACCUGCUUCCAUACCUUUUUGGGAGAUGGGGCUGGGCCCCCUGAGCGUUCAGGAGGAUAUUCCACUACAUUGCCAACGCCACUGAUUUUUGUAACAACAGCAGCCACACUGCCGCCCUCUCCUGUAGUCACGCCACUGGACAGGUGAUUAGCAUGUGUUAAUAUCUGCCUAUCACACAGCCUAUUUUAAAUCUGGAUACCAAGCAGCAAGGGGUGAAUGCUCUGUCACGCACUCAGAAAUUCCAGCGUUCAUUCUCCUCUAUAGCAGCAUUUCCUGAAUCAUGGUCCUGGGUCUUGUUCCCCAAUUGUGCAUUCCUUAAGUGGGGGGAUCACCACUCAACACUCAUAUGGUAGAAAUUCCAAGGACAAUAUUUAUUUAGGAUGUACCUGGCUUUGAUUAACCUAAGUAGCAUGAGUCAAAGCUUUAAAUGGGCUCUUCACCCUCAAACGUACUCCACUUCCAUGUUGUUUUGGCAUAGUAUUAUUUAGUUCACAAACCAUUUUGUUCUAACUUAUUAUUAAAACAUUAUUAUAUUUUAUCCUGUAUUUUGCAAAUUGAUAGUCAGUUCACCAAAACUCAUCCCUUAUUCAUAAUUGCAUGUAUUGAAUAUAAUUCACUUUUUUUUGUUACUGUGUACAUAAAACAUGGAAAACGUCUAAUCAUAUUAUAUUGUUUCUUUAUUCUGCUUAUUUGGCUAACGUGCUUGGCUUUUAGAAUAUUUCUUUGUGAGUGAGCUAACAGAAAAAAAAAUGUUUGUUUUAAAGGUGGUGGCUGGAAUGAAAUAUAAUUUGAAAGUUGAUGUUUCCAUCUAUAACUGCCAAAUCUCUGAUACUGAAAAUUGCCAAAAUCCAGAAAAUUCCAAUCAACAGGUAUGGCCAUCUAGCAAAAUUCUAUUACUAUGUUCUAUUUACUGUAUUAACCAAACUUCAAUGAACAUCAAAGACAGCAAAUUUGUAUUUUGGGCAACGUGUUAAAAUAAAAACACAAAUCAGUUUGUUUAAACAUCAUAUUUUAUUUUACAAUAUUUUAUGCUAGGCACCAUGUUUAAUUGUAAAAAAAUGAUGAUAAUAGAUUUUUUUAAUCGAACUUUUCUAAAAGGUGAAAGCAGAAGUGGCACAUUGUAAAAUAAUAAACAGAGAUAAUUUUACACAGGGCUUUUCAAUAAAUUCGGAACUGUGGUGAAUUAAAUCUGAAUUGCAGAUUUGAGGCCAAAAAUAGUCAAACUGUGACUUUAUCUUAAAUCAGCUAUUGUAGUCUAAAAUGUGCUAUUUGGAUUUCAAUUGGUGGUAAGUCUGGGUUAAGUGAGUCAUGUAUCAAGACAUAAAAUGUAUAUGUUAACUCAUUCAUAUAUAUACAUAUACACACGUCAUACAGCAUCAAGCGCAUUCACUCAUUCACUAAACGGCAAUUUCAAGUCUCACAGAAUGCAAUAGUCUUCUUUAAAAACACCUAACCCUGAAAGUUACCCUAAAGAAGAGCUUUGCAAACUUUUCAUGUUGGUGACACACUUUUUAGACAUGCAUCCUUUUGUGACACAGUCGUGGUAGAAAUAGUGUUGUAUUUCUUGAAUACAUUGCUUCAGUUGCGACCGCAUCACCAGAAGUUUCAACCUGAUUACGCAUGCUGUGCAUGCGCCGUACAUGUGUGAUUCCUCAACAAUCUCUCUAACACUCUGGCCCCUGUUAACAAUAUAGUAAUGUCAUAGCAUCUGUGGCUGGCAGACUGGUGUUGCAGGCUGGCAGGCCUCUUUCUUACCCCAGCCCCUUUGUGCGUCUAUUUCUUCUCUAAUCCCUUUGUCUCUUUUCCCCCUUCAUCUCUGUAUGUCCCUUCCCCCCACCUCUUUUUUGUGUCUCUUUGUCCUCCCUCAUCCCCUCUGUGUAUCUCUUUGUUCUUGCUUAUCCCAUGUGUGUCUCUUUGUGUUCCCUCAGCCCUCCUGUGUGUCUUUUUACCCCUAGCCCCUCUCUGUGUCUGUGUGGCCCCAGCCACUCUGUGUGUCUUUUUUCCCCAAGCCCCUUUGUGUGUCUCUUUGUUCUCCCUCCUCUCUUGUGCCUUUCUUCUGUCCCUCCUUCCCCUUCUGUGCCCUUUUUCUGUCCUAAGAUAAACAUGACAUGGACAAGACACCGUGACCUCUUCAGUGUUUUGAAGUUGUAAUGGUGCUUGUAGUUUGUAUGUGCAACGUUUCAAAUCUGUUGUCCCAUUAGUGGGGGGUGAGAGAGCAGCACUAUGGUACUCCUCACAUGAUAACGGCAAGCUGGAGUAACCCUUAAAUCACGGUGGAAAGUUGUUUUUCAUAAAUGAAACAACUUUUACUAAACUUGUCUAAUUGUCCCAAAUUGUGAGCAUUGUGUUUACAGAUUGCUUAUGUAGUGAAAAAGUAUUCAUACAGUUCAGUGUGUAAAGAAUAUUUUGAUGCAUCUAAUGCAGUAUUAUGCAUUUACAGUUUAUUAGCCUUUAAAUACUGGACAGUAGGAACAUUUAAACAGCAUAUUAUUUUCUUUCAUUUUGACAGAAAAAAAGAUGCACAUUUGAAGUUAUUACAGUUCCUUGGAUGAACACGACCGAGGUGAAAAGGAAACGUUGCUAUGACAGGAUAUGAAGAUUUACCUUCCAAAAGAAUCAAUAUAAAUGCAUUUUUGUAGCACACAGCAUAACUUCUAUCCACAUAUAAUGUUUCCAGGCACUGGAGUUAUAAAAACUGUCAUAAACACCCCUUUUUAAGGCUGGUUAAAUUAAACUGGACACAAUGUAACAAACAAAAAGAAAAGCACCACCUAAUUUGAAAUUUCAAUCAACACUCAAUGAAUAAAAGUACUUGAUUUGAUACAAUGAAAGUCGCACAGUAAUAGGAAGAGUGGUUAUUGUUAUUUUUUCUGAUUGCGCAGACUAAUUUGGAUGCAUAUGUAUACUUGCACUGAAUGAUUGUACAAAAAUCCCAAUGAUGGGAUCAAACGAGAACAAGAGAUCAUUAAUAAAAUAAAUGACCUUUUUUUCAUUCAUUUCUCUGUUUCCUUUCUGUGCGCUUGAUGUUUGCAAGUGUAUGGCUUUGCAAU